GGAGAGGUCAUCAGGAAUCAAUAGAGCAUCACUUUAAUUCCUGAUUUUGCUGCUGGUUCCUAAAGCUUUGUUUGUUGCACUUUUCAUUAUAGAUCACCUUUAUCAUCAUGACAUUCGACUUCAAUAUUGAAUCACGCCAAAAGGAUAACUUCAUAUCGAAUUCCUAUGCUUUUCUUAACAUGCACAUAUAUAUAUAGUCCAAACUUUGACCCAAAAUAAAAUGAAAUGCCUUUUCUUUCUUUUUCUUUUUUUUUUUCUUUUUUUUCAAAUUUUCAAACCCGGCCGUGUGUGUCGGCCCUUGUAGUUCUGGAAUCUGGACAAUUCAUUGGGACAUAGCCACAUAGGUAGGUACGCUAGCUGCAGUCAACGAGUCAACAACUUUCCCAUGCAAAAUCCGAAAAGCAAUGUCAGUUCUGUAAUAGAUGGCACAUUGAAGUCCAAUUUCGAAUGAAUGUAAAUUAAUGUCUUCGAGCUAUAUAUAUUAUAUAGCUUUGCUCUCUCCCUUCCCUUAUUAGAUUCAAGUUUCUUCCGCAUCAGAUUUGCUGAGCUAUGCACCACCACCACCACCUUCUUCUUUGGUUCUUGAACAACGCAUGCACAGUGGCUAGCUAUAUUUCUCUCUGAAAGACAUAGCUAGCUGAAAGCAUAUAUACUAUAUCGAAGCAAGCAACUGAUCAUCCGUGAUGAGAUUGAGAGGUGUACUGAUGAAUGGCUGCAGCAGGAGACUUUUCAUAGCUAAUUCUGUGGCCUUGAUGAUCAUCUGUUUCGGUUUUAUUAUGAUGCUUAUUGCUUUGUUCUUCGUGAUUGAUCACUUGGGAAGUAGUGUUGGGGAAGCAGUUGGCAUUAAUAAUAACAGGCUGGUCUUUUCCAAUGAAAGCCACACUGCAGGCCUUGGUCAUCGGAAGCUGUUGCAGUCAACUGGUGAUGCAGAUGAUGAUGGAGGAGGAGACAUGAAUCGUAUUGGGGCAGCAUGCUCAAAAGACGACAUAGUGAUAUUGCAAGGCCAAACAGCCCCACUUCCCAAUGGAAUUCCAGCCUACACGGUUGAGAUCCUGAACGCCUGCGUUCCGGGUUGCAGCAUAUCCAACAUUCACGUCAGCUGUGGGUGGUUUAGCUCAGCCCGGCUGGUCAAUCCAAAAGUGUUUAGACGCAAAGACUUUGAUGACUGCCUAGUCAAUGAUGGUGAGGCUCUAGGCCCUGGAGAAACCCUCUCUUUCCAGUAUGCCAACAGUUUCCGCUACCCUCUAUCAGUUUCAUCUGUAGUUUGCUGCUAAACCAACACCAACCAAGCUCCAAGCUAGCUAAUAUAUAAAUCUUUUGUUCUUAUGCAAUCUUUUGUUAAUAAGUUUGCUUGACUUUAUAACUGAGUCUAGAGAUAUAUAGCUCUCUUCAAAAUGAAAAUAAAUAAUUACCAGUUGCCAAUCUUGGAUAACAAUAAGAUUUCAAAGCAAAAAUUAACUUUGGACUACUCCAAAUUUGCGUUGCGUUGCGUCUAGAGAAACUGUAAUAGGAAAUGAACUUCCUAGUCGACAUGCAUCAAAAAGUCACUUUACUUACAUAAUAGAUAUAGGGAAUGAAUCCACAUUCAAAUAUAUCAUUUCAAUAUCCGUAAUCAUAAG